AACACGAAUGGCAAAGGAGUGAGAAGAAGAUGUCCGUUGCAGGUCCGAUUGGAGAUGGAACAUCUCUGAGAAUCGCAUCUGGAUCACGAGAAAAUGGAAGGAUAGACAGAAGAUCACCAAGCAUAAGUGGCGCAGGAGCAGUGAUGAGAUCUUCUUCAAAUUCAAAUGUACGUCCUGUUCCUUUGACAAAAGCUAGUGAAGUUCGUCAAGCAUUGGCACAGUUGGCAUCCCAAUCAGCAACACUGGAUAAAGCACUCCAAGACAAUCUUGCAAAAGCACAGGAAAGUACAUUCACAUCUCGUCAGGCAUUGUCAGGCCUAGGACGUCAAACGGAUUUAAUCACAGAUGAAGCAAGGGUAUUGGCACGUAGACUGAAAGAAACAGGAACGACGGCAGAACGAAUCAGUGAAAGUGUACGACGAUUAGACGAAGAAAGCGAAAGGGUGGAAAAAGCAGCAAUAUGGACUGAGAAGGUAGGCGAUCUGAAAGCAUCUCUGCUUUCAAUGGCUGCUGCGAUCGAACAGAGAGAUUAUGGAACAGCAACCCAGCAUUGCAUUCGAGCCCUUUCUAUAGACAAAGAUGUUUUGGAGUCAAGAUUUGCUGCGAUGAUGGUUCCUACAUCUGAAUACCCGGACCCGCCUCCAGUUCAACUACUUUCGAUGCGUAAGAUGCUCUUGCAAGUCUUUACCGAGCGAUUCCAACAAGCUACAGAAGCAAAAGAUACUGUAGAGGCUACCAAGUUCUUCACAAUGUUUCCUCAGAUCGGAUGGACAGCGGAAGGUUUGGCUGUAUAUGCACAGUUUGCCCGUUCAAUGGUACGUGAACGAGGUAAGAGCAUCGGUGAAUUGCUGGGCAAUAGCAGAAACAGCGAAGCAGCUUUACGCCAUGCACAAAUCUUGACGCAUCUAUUUGAGAAUUUAGCCUCUUUGAUCGAUCAGCAUCAGCCACUUGUCGACUCGCAUUAUGGCCAAGGAUACUUUGCUGAAGGUGUUAUGCCUGAGUUGCAAGAAGAAUGUGAUCGAUUAGGUAAACGUGUAUGCGAUACUUGGUACGAUGAACGAUAUGUGCGGAGAAAGUUGGAAGAAGCAAAAUCGUACAAUUUCACGUAUGUCGCAUCCAUCGGUACAUCUUCAUCCUCUACUGCAGCAGCCAAGAGAAUGGCAAAUGUAGGAUCUAGGGUCGUAAGUGGGUUCAAUAUCCCAGGUCGUCCAGGCACGCCGUCUACACCACAAAAUGCUGCUGCUGAUGAUACGCCUCAGGUUGAUACACGAGAGGUUGACAAGAUCGUUGGAGAAUUGGCAGCAAUGGCGGCCAGCUGGGGUACAUAUAAGCACUUUUUGACAGUACGUCUGGAUACAAAGGAAAUGAACACACAUUCAGCAGAUGCAUCUAAUGGAGGGGCCGACGAACUGAAGGAUUUCCGCAGGUCAUCGCUUGACAAUCGAAGACUAUCGCUGCUGCCUUCAUUAGAUCCUUCAAGGCGUCGUGCUUCUCAGACACAGCAAGAUGAAGAGCACGAUAAGCAGGAGAAGAAUUUGCCUUUAAGCGUGAUAAAGAAGUCACAGCUCGGGACAAAGGUUGAUGAUUUGAUGCAAAGCGUUUAUGUACCGUUAGAGAGCUGGUUCUUGCGAUGUAGCAUUGAGAAAGCACAUCGCAUCGAUACGCCUGAUCUUACAGCACGACCUUUGACUACGCCUUUGUUGGAUGAUGUAUUCUAUUUGGUUCGAUUGGUUCUAGCCCGAGCUGUUUCAACUUCAAACUUGGACAUUCUUUCCACAAUGAGCCGCAACGUGCGUUACAUCAUUGAUGAAGAUUUCAUUCAGGCUAUCGUUCGUUCGUUAGAUUUGGUAUCAAGGACAAAUAGCGGUAGCAUGGUCGUUGAAGGACCACGCAAAGAUGCAGCAAGCAGAGAGAUACGCUCUACAUUUGGAGUGUACUUGAAUGUUUUGAGCACUUCAGGUGAUUAUCUGACCAGGAUUCUGAAUGAGCUCUCGCAAGAGCAUAAUCUACAAAGGCAAUAUGCCGAAAAGGAUGUAGCGAUUGCUUCAUCUACCAUUCAAGCGCUAUCAGUCUUAGUUCCACGUAUUCGCAAUAUUGUGAGAACACAUAUGGAUUUGUUCUUCUCAACGCUUUUGCGAGCACGUAUCCGUCAAUUAUUGUCGGAAAGCUUAAGGGAUGUAUCUUAUGUUCUUAACGAGGACGACUAUGCGAUCGCAGAAGAAGAAGCAUCAAGUCAUGGUGGUUCCUCCCUUUUUGUCAGAAAGCUAACCCGUGGCUGGGAUCAAGUGAUUCAUGCAGUCGGUUACAAGGACUUGUUCACGUCUGAUAAUUGGGAAGUGCUAUUGCGACUUUCGAUUGAUGCGCUGGUACAAGCAUGGGAGACGUGGGCUUUCAAUGUGCAAUACAGUGAAUUAGGAGCUUUACGAUUCGAUAAAGACAUUCGAACGGUAUCAACGUUUUUAUCUUCUCAAAGUGCAACUGGUGGAUUACGAGAAAGAUUUGGAAGAUUGACACAUAUUUCUUAUUUGGUCAAUUUGGAUGAAGACGUUUCUACGAAUGAUGUUGAUACUUCGACUGCUUCUGCUGAUCAAUCAAACGUAGGAAUGGGAAACAAUAAUCGAAAUGACGAUGACAGUAUCGCUUGGCGCUUAAGUGCAGAGGAAGUCCAGCAAAUUCGGAAGCGAAGAGUAGGAUGGUGAGAAAUAAAACAAUCAAUAUAUAUUACAAAAGCUUAAAACAAUUCAUUCUGUGAUUUCUAAAUGUGCAAGCAGAUUCCCGAAGAGCCAGAUGAUGAUUGUCAUUAGCAUGCAUUAUAUAAGCCGUCAUCUUUUCCUUUCAGCCGAUGCCAAGAAGGAUAUUGCGGGUAGGGAUUGAACCGCAUUGUUGGAAGAACGCAAAGGGAAAAGAGGCGAGAUAUGAAUUUAAACUAGCGCGGCUCUACGCGUUAUGCAGUGUUGUGCUGGUUUGAUGCGUGAAAUCGUACUACACAAUACACACAAACAAUAUUCUUCAACUCCGCUCAACAAUCGGUUGAGGGAACGUGUACAUGCAGAUCCAAUCAUAACAAUUGAAAAAUGUUACAAUGACUUCCUCCCCAAUGCAUAUUAUUAGCGUAUGGAUGAUGAUAGCAUAUUGUCCUCUUUUGCCUUGAAAUACUAUGAAGCAGCUUGU